ACAAGCUAUAUAAGGCUUAGUAUUUUCUUCGUUAAGCACACAACACAUCUUCUUUUCGAUUAGGAAGGUCCAGACUAUCAAGCAAAAUGUUCUCUAUCAGAUCUAUCGUUCUUAUCGCUGCAGCGUUUGCCAUGGGUGAUUCCAGCGGCGUGCCAGCAGUAGCUGCUCCAUUGGUAGCCCCGGCUCACGUAGGCUACGCUCACGCGGUUCCUCAGAACAUUCCGCCUUACGCGGCGCAAGUUAACACGUUCAACAGGGCGCUGAAUCCUGUGGUUGCUGCCCCGUUGGCCGCCGCCCCUGCAGCCUUGGCUGCCCCGGUAGCUGCACCGCUUGCUGUCCCCUUCGCUGCCCCCGUUGCCGCUCCAUUAACAGCCCCCGUCGCGGGGCCGUUCGCCGCCCCUUAUCUUACAGGCCCAGCACCUUAUACCCUACCUGCACCAUAUGCCGCACCUUUCCCUUACGGGCCUUACGCUGCUCCUUUCCCAUAUGGAUCAGCACCUUUAGUGAGAGCACCUUAUGGCAUCGCCCCAGCUUUCGUUCGAUAGAUUGAAGAGAACAUUGAGACCACUUCCUGACUGUUCUAACUUGUUAUCCUAUUUUUAUUAUUAUUUUUAUAAUGAAAUAAAAGACUUCGCCUAAAAAAGC